UUUAAAUUUAAAACCACAUAAGCAAUAUUUAGUUAAGAUAUAAUACAUAAAUAAUUUUUUUUAUGUAUGUGUUGAAAAAAAAAAGAGAGAAGGUAGAAGGAACAAAAAAAAAGGGGGUGGAAGGUUGUUGUUUCUAAGUCCCACAUUGGUUAGAUGAGGGAAGAGAAGAGGUGCCUUCAUGUAUAAAAAGGAGGGGGUGUGUGCAUUAGGAAGCAUGAGAGGCUAAGAUGCAAUUUAGAGAAAAUUGCAACUUUUGGCCCAAAAGUUUGAAUAAUUAAAUUCAAACCUAUAGUUUUUUUUAAUAUAAUUUUGGGACUCACAAUCCCAUUUUUAUAUUAUUUUUCUCUCUUCCUCUCACGUUGCUCGGCGUUUUCUCACAAGGGGGAUUAUUUUCUUUUUCUUCAGGUAUGUUCUAACUUUCCUGUUUAGAUUAGCAUUUAAAAAUUUAUUUAAUUACAAAAUUAAUUUUAUAGUUAUUUUCUAAAUAAUAUUAGCUUUCUAGUGAUAUGAUUAUUUUGUAGGAUAGAGUAAAUAUUUUGAUUAGGAUUUUUCUAUAGGAUAGUUAAUCUGAUGAUAUGAUGGAUUAAAAAUAUAGGUUAAAAUUCUUAGGGAUAUAAUAAAUAUUAUAGAAUAUUUUCUUGAGGUUGAAACUCAUGUUUAAGAAUUUUUGAGUUAAAAUCUAGAUCUAUAUGGUUGAAUUUAUGUGGAAUCUGAGACGUAGGGAUAAACCUAUGAUUAUUAAAUAUUUAUUUAAGUAUGAAUAGGUAUUUUUGAGGUUAUAGAAAGGUGAUUUGAGGCUUCAGGAUAAUUCUAAAAUUUUUAAUUUAUUUUUGGAUGAAUUUUUAGAAUGUAGAAGGAUGAAAUUGUGAUACUAGAAGUGAAUUGAGGAUAAAAAAAAUAGUUCAUUAGGGUACGAGAAUUUUAGAAAAGAAUUUGGGAAGUUAAAUGAGGCAUAAAUCUUAAAUUAGUGUUAAUAUGGACUAUAGAUUUAAGACUUUCUAACUCUUUAAAUUAGAGUUAUUUAUUUUAAUGUAAAAUUAAUAUAUAGUAUUGUGAAAUAAUUAUGUAGAUUAUAUUGACAAAGAUAGUGGUGAAAAAGGAGUUGUGAAGGGGAACUUGUUAUUCAAGACACAAGGAGGGGAGAGAAAAUGCCUGUUACUCGUGGUAACUCAGGAUUCCAACAUGAGCACCUACCACCGCCACUGCCAAAUGAGGAGCCUGACUUGGCGGAAUUGAGAAUGCUUGUAAAAACAUUAACAGACAAGGUUCAAGGAUACGAACAAGAGUUGACGGAGCUAAAGAGGCAAAAGGUAACUGAAAAUGGAGAUAGGGCUCAUGUUGAGAGUCAUGUGGGGGAAGGCAGUUCCUCACAUCCUGCCACUCCGAGAGAUCAUGAGUCUAGAAGGAAGGAAAUUAGGCAGGAGGAACAGAGAGCCCCACCGACCAUUACUGAUGUGUGGAAAACUGUUAGGAAGUUUAACCCUCCUACGUUUGAUGGUAACCUUAAACCAUCCGUGGUAGAGGAAUGGGUGAAGAGACUCGAAUCCAUCUUUCGAGUAGUCACAUGCACCAGCAAUCAAAAAGUACAAGUAGCAUUAGUGCUCCUAGUGAAAGGAGCAAGAGAUUGGUGGGAGACAGCAGGGCCCAGGGAUGAUUCUACACUCACCUGGGAGGAAUUCAAGGAAAAAUUAUUCAGGCAUUACUUUCCAUCAGAGUUAAGGUCUGAGAAGGAAGCGGAAUUCCAUGCCUUUAAGCAAGGGAACCUCGAUGAGGACACAUUCAUUGCUAAGUUUCAGGAGUUAUCUAGAUACUCCACGUACCUGCAGUAUAGGGAUGAUUCCGAAUGGAAGGCUAAGCGCUUAUUGGAGAAGGCUAGACCAGAAUUGAGGGAACAAUUAGCUCAUCUAGAUAUCCGAGAUUAUGAUGAAAUGUGCAUAAAACUACAAGUAGUAGCUCGCAGUAAGAAGGAGGUCGAGAGAGAGAAGAGGGGUUAUUCAUAUAGUAGACCCCCAACCUACCCUCGACCCACCGGAGGCAUUAUGAAGAAAAACCAUCAGGGUUCGAGUAGCUCAUGGAACCAAGGAAGGCAGAAGGGUCCAUUUCAAAGGGGCCAAGGACAGAGGAGCUAUCAUAGUAGUUAUCACGGGUCACAGAGGAGCCCAACAGUAUCUACACCUGCCCCGAGUACAGCGAGCUCUCAACAGUGCACUAAAUGCGGGCGUCGUCAUUUCGGACAGUGUUGGGUCUGUUACAUUUGUGGGAAACCCGGUCACAUUGCAAAGUUUUGUGGGGACAACCAGGGCUCAAAUAUGAAGAACCCUUCCCAACAUCCUACUGUCUCUGGCCGUGUGUUUGCUCUUACUCAGGACACCAUGAACUCCCCAGAUGCCAUUAGAGGAGCGAGUCCGGCCGAGAAAGCACCAGAGGUGUAACUGUGGUGUAUGAGACACCAUCUUUUACGUUGCCUCUUAUUUUAGAUUAUACAAUGUAUCUUGUGCCAACUUAGGACAUAUCUUCUUUGUGAAGCAUGUAAACUCUAAUCCUUUUUAUU